UCAGAAGAUGCGCGUGGACGGUCGGUUCUGUUCUCGGUUCAGUUACAGACUCGUGACGGGGAAGUACAGCAACUGUUGACGGUUCUCUCAGUGUCAAUGUCAGUGUGAGGGAGGGAGGUUAACCAGCGAACCAGUGACCACAACACACGCUGUUCGUGAUAGUGAAAGUUUAGCAUAUAGGAAGUAGUGUUAUUAGUGAAAUGGAGAACUACAUCAAUAGGAACUAUGGAUCUCGAUCCACCUGUGCGCAGGUGUUGGCGGCGCUAGCCUUCAACUGCCUCAAUGUGAACGUGGGCAUGAUCAUCUGCAUGCCGGUACUCAUCAUUGGUGCCCUCAGGACCACUCAUUCACCCCUCAGUUUCUCUGAGGAGGAGGCGUCUUGGUUCGGUGGCCUUAUCUUCAUGAUUCAACCGCUGGGGAGUGUCGUGUCCGGCUUCCUCCAGGACUUCUUGGGCCGCAAGAAGUGCAUGAUGUUCGUCAACGUGCCCCAGUUUGCAGCUUGGCUCAUGCUCUACUAUGCCACUACCAAGUUCACGCUUUUCGCAGCAGUGACCUUGUUAGGUCUCAGUAUUGGUUUUAUGGAGGCUCCUGUGUUGUCUUACAUUGGAGAAGUCAGUGAGCCACGACUACGGGGGGUCCUUAGCACGGUGGGAGGCAUCUUCUUCAACGUCGGGCUCACUCUGGAGUCGGUCAUCGGGGCAACCACAGAUUGGAGGACCAUGGUUCUCAUCACGUCCGCAGCUCCUGUCACUGCCUUCGUGGCUUUGUCCUUGGUGCCAGACUCACCGGCCUGGCUGGUCACUAAGGGACGGGUGGACGAUGCCCGUAAAGCCUAUCAGUGGCUGCGCGGAUGGGUCUCCCCUGAUGUUAUACAAGAGGAGUUGGACGCUCUAACAGACUACGUCAAGCAGUCUCGAGGCAUCCGUGUGGUCUCUAGUGCUGAAUACAAGGCUGUGCAAACAGAAUCAGGAGAAUGUGAACUAGCAGACAACUCCCGUAUGGAUUCUAAGUUGAAGAUCUUCCUGCACCCUUCAGUGCAGAGGCCUCUAAGGAUAAUUGUCCUAUACUUCUUCAUAGCGGCUUGCGCGAGUCUAUGUGGCAUGAGGCCCUUCUUCAUAGAGGUGCUUAAAGACAUGGGAGUGCCCGUGGAUCCUCAUCUAGUCAUUGUAGCAGGAAGUAUCCUGACAACCCUUGGAGCCCUCACGUCCACCUUGAUGAUGCGUCGAACCGGAAAGCGAGGGCUGACCUUCGUCUCUUUGUCUCUCAGCCUCUGCUGCUGCUACGGUUUGGCCCUCUACGUCGCUCUGGGCCUCCAGAUCUCUUGGAUACCUCUUGUGCUCUUCAGCAUAUCCUUCUUUGCAGCUCCCCUCGGCAUCAUCUGCAUUCCGUGGAUACUAAUUUCGGAAUUGUUUCCUCUCAAGGGUAGAGGAGUCGCUGGAGGUGUGGCAGCCGCAUUAGGUUAUAUGAUCAUGUUCAUCAUCAUCAAGACCUUCUACAACCUUGUAUCCCUAGUACAAUUAUCAGGGGUUUGCUUCCUCUAUGGGUCCGUGGGCCUUCUGGGGCUCGUGUUCUUCUACUACCGGCUCCCAGAGACGGAGGGUGUGCCCCUUCACCUCAUUGAGAGAAUAUUCACCGACGAAGAGAAUCCCAGUGAAAAGAAAAAAUAAGUUGAUGGCAAAAGAAAAAAUCAGUUUUGAAAAAGACAAACCUGUAUAAAGUUUGUACAAAA